CCGAAUAAAGAUAACGGUUAGUUCGCUCUUUCACCUGACGCGUAGGUAAAAUAAAACAAAAGAAGAUAAAACGCCGUAAUGAGAUAACUUGAUAAUUGUAGCUAACAAAUGCUAAAUUUUCAUGUUCGCGCUAUACCGGUACAACAAAUGAAAUUUCGAAAUUUUCACAUCCCAUUGUUUGCGAAAGUUUGCGGUGCCCAUAACCUGAUUUUUCAGUUAUGAGUUAUAGCGACACGUUAGAUCGCAUACAGAGGGAAAUAAAAGAAUCCGUUCAAAGAGAAAAGGAGUUGAGGAAUGGAUACGCUUCAAAAGUGACUAAGGAAAUCUGUGGUGACAUUUAUAAAAAUUUCAACAAGAAUUCUUCUCAGGAAUCCAAGCCUGAUGUUGAUCCAAGUAAGACAAAUGGGUUUCGGAAAUUUAUUCCAAAUUCAAGCACGCAUUGCCAAAAAGGCGUUAUGCAUAAGUUCAUUAAAUGCAGAGGCAAGCUCUCAAUGUUGGCAAUAAAAAACAACGACCACAAUGAAUGGUGCAGCGAUGCUGCAUUUAAGCCAGCAAAAAUAGUGGUCGGCAAAGGGGGCAAACCAUUACGGAACGGAUUUAUAUCAGCAGAGGAGAAAAUGAGAAAGGAACUUGAAGAGUUUCAAACUCGAGAAGCUGAAUUGAGAAAAGAGAGGCGUAAAAGUCAGCCAAACUUGAUGGCUGCCUUGUUGCUGGAGAAUCAUGAGUUCACUGAUGGUGGUUUCCAUUCGAAUUUGCUUAAACCUGCCAAAUCUAUGGCGAAUCUUUAUUGCAACAACAGUGAUGAUGGCUAUGAGGAAAGCACUUCAGGAUCGGGUAGCUUAAAACCUGCAAGAUCUUUAGCAGAGCUGUGUGAUGUGUCUGAUGACGAAGCUGGGCUUCCAGGAACACAUUCUCUAAUUAUGCAGUUUGAGAAUAUGAAGCAGAGAGCAAAAAAUUCAGGGCCUAGAACAAACUAAAAUAUGUGAUAGAUAAUGCCUUUUAUAGAUGAUAAUAUUUAUUUAUAUAUUACCUAAGCAUUUUUAGCUAGGUAGGCACAAACUUAUAGUCUGAGAAAGUUGUAUACUAUUUUUAGAUGCAUUUGGAGUUCCUUUAUUCAUUGUCUUCCAUAGAAUCAAUUUUACAAAAAUCUUAGAUAAGUUUUUUGCAAAAAAUCAUUUAACACUUAUUGGAAAUUAUAAAAAUUCUUUUCACCACUGUACCUGGUAUAUUUUAAAAAAAUGUACCAAAUAUUUACUUCCAUAACCCCUAUUUUAUAGCACUUUUUGCCAGCUUAAUUAUAGUUUAUGAUAAGGUAUGAGAUUGUUGCCUAUAAUUUUGUUAGUAUGUUUGUUUUGUUCCUAAUUUAACAUAUCGAAAUUGUCAGAAAAUAUUUUUGUACAAAUUUUUGUUUAGUUAUAUCUAAUUUUUGUUUGAAAUCAGAUUUUCAGUAUUAUGGUAGAUCUAUACUUUUGUAAACUGCUAUGCACUUUAUAUAUAGCUUUAAUUUAUUUUGCACUGAAA